UCACCUCAAAUUCCCCUCCAAUGCAAACGCAACGACAAAAUACUUCCCUAUACCUUUGCAAAUAGGCGUUACUUCCAUCAAUUUACAUUUACUCCCGCCGAAAUUUCAAUCAUUCUUUGCACAAUUAGCUUUUUGCAAUUGGAAUUUAGGAAUCCGAAUUGGCUGCCCUCCUUCGAGAUCUUCAAAAUCUCAAACUCACAGCGGACACAGUGAGGGCUCAAAAUUGUGGUUUAUGAACUGUGGACAAAAGAAUGGGGAUGUCAGCUGCUACUACUGCCGCUGAAGGCAUAAAAUUUUGCAUAUUUGAUUUGAGAAGGGGACAACAAGAGGGGCAGGAGCUCGACAAGAUUUUGUUUUUCUUUCCUGCUGAUUUGCCCUUUUCAGCACAGCUUUCUGUAAUAGGGCUGAGCGAAGGACUUAUCACGUUUACAAGAAUUUUCUCUCCUGAGGCUGCCUGUGAGGUCAUAGAAGCAGAGAGGCACUCUCAUGUUUUUUAUGAGGCAGAACCAGAUAUCUGGAUGGUUAUGGUAGUGGAGAAGAAUGAGUCAGAAGCUAUAUGGCGGAUUGAUGCAUUACGAAAGGUUCUUAAAGAAGUUCACUCUCUGUUUCUAAUGUUUCAUGGAUCCAUUAGAACAUUGAUUGAGAAAGAACCUGCUGGAGGAUUAAUUCGAUCUCAUUUGUACCCUUUCAUCAUGGAUUAUCUAAGUGCAUGUCAAAAGCGGUCUCUAUUGGAUAACUGCUGCUGGGAUUUUCUUCUUGGAAAGAAACUCCAGCUACCAUCAUUCCGUGACUGUUUAAAGGAGCGUGGAACUGUGCAGAUGCUGACUGUAAGUCGGGAGGCUGCAAUUGAAGUUCAGUCGCUUGUCAGGAUGCUAGAGUCUUUUGCUGGGAACACACAAUUCUACUCGCUGAUUUUAUUUCAGGACCUGCUAGUGUCUACUACUCUUUCUCCUGUUGAUACCAUAAACUUAUUUACAUAUGCUGUUCUGAGGUUGACACCCCGUGCUCUAUCCUCUGGAGUUAGUUCCUGGUCCUAUUUACGCAAAGGAAGUACAGCAUCUAAUGUUGCCACUGGCUCCAUCUUGGCCCAGUCUGCUUCUGUUUCAGAACAAAAUUUUCGUUCUCAGGAUACCUCUCCACCUGGUGGAGUUAAUAGCCAUCACAUUGCAAGGCCCUUACAGCCGGACAGGUGGUCCAAAGGCAAAGAUGGUUUUCUUGUCACUGACAUAUGGGGUGCAGAAGCUAGCGGUUCAACUUUGGCCACCCCAACCAUUUGGCUUCAGCAGACAGAGGAGAGAGUGUAUGUCUGCGCUUAUCAGUAUAGGAGCCUUACCUUAAUCCUUCUUGUUCCUGUUGCCUCCAUUCUUAAUGGGGAGCAAGGUGUUUCAGUGGUGAAGCAGCAAAUUCUUGAAAAUGCAUCACUUAAGAUGUUGAAAAUUGAAGAAAAACUUUCGAAAGGAUGGGCUGGUGAGAAUGCUUAUCAUGUCAGUGGGUAUCGCUAUUUACUAGUAGAUGGUGACAGAGAUGUAUCCAGAGCUUCUCCACCAGGAAAGGUUACAACCCUAACCAAGGAAUCUUUGCUUGCCUUAAGUAAGGUUAGAGAAGAAGUUGAUUUGGAAAAAGGUAGAAUGGAACAUGAUAAUGCAGGUCAAGAGAAAGAUUUGGAAGUUUGCAUUAGAGCUAAAAACAAUGCUUGGGUUAUUGCUCGUAUUACAAAAGGGAAGGAGCUUUAUAUGGUUCUAGAGAAAGCCAACGAAACAGUUCUUUAUGCCUCUGAUGCUGUUGAGAAGUUCAGCAACAGGUAUUGCAAUGGAGCCUUUUCUUUGGAUUAGGGAAAAUUCGUUGGUUUCUGAUAUUCACGUUCUUAUUAUAAAUAAGGGAUGCACGAACAUGGUUAGCAUUCUCUAACUGCCAUCCUCUUUCUUCCUGACACAUAUUGGUGGCCUUCCACUGUAAUUUUGUAACAAAGAAAUUUUAUAAGAAAGAAAUGAAAAAAAAUAUAUGUACAUACAUAUAUAUAUAUAUGUGUGUGUAUCAGUUACAUGAAUAAGCAUAUUUGUUCAUGUAAGCAUGUUGAUCUAUUUGUUUUUGUUCCUUUUAGGAGCUGCAAUACUCUGCAAAACUGGUCACUGUAUUUGCAAGUUUUGUCUACUGUAAGGUUGUGUCCUGGUGUCAUACUAGAGAUUAGAGAAAGUUUUAUGAUCUGGAGAGCUACUCUUCUAUUAAUUAUUCUAAAGGCUUCCGUUGGAAGAAGGGGUGGGGGGUAGGAAUAUCUUUUAACCCAACAAUGUUGUUUCCUGUAUAUUGGUAGUUUUAAUAUGGGUUUUAGCUCUCCUGUUUUGUUGA